CUGAAGUCAGUGCGCAACAACUGAGCCAAGACAGCACAUCUCCCGCUCAUGUUUUCUGGCACUCAGCACUACAUCAUUUUAACACCCUUUAUUUGUACCCUUAACUCUUACACGCUUCUUUUUAAAGUUUAACAGCAAAUGUUAGCAGGUGGAGCCAGUUUUAUUGGACCCAUUUGGGAGGACUGAGCGGUUUUAACAUUCGACUUUUUAGACAGUUCUUAAUGUGCUGUCCAGAGACUUGGAACAAAUGUGAGCAGAUCUCCGGGUGCGCUGGACGAAGGACAUGGGUCGACCACACAGCUCGACACUUCUAGCAUUUGUCGUCCUCUGGGUUGUUUUUCCUCAGGAUUGCAGCCUCACGUCGUUUAUGACAAGCGCCACAGCGGACACCUCAGGCGGAGGGUCAGCCAGUGAAGAAUGCCCAGAGAAUAAGAUCCUGACGGUGGAGUACCCUUGCACUCGUUCCGGGGGCAAGAACAGCACCUGUCUCAGGAGGAAGUGCUGUGAGGGAUUCCGCUUCGUCAUGGGGCAGUGCAUACCUGAAAGUGUGGACGUGUGUGCGGGAUCUCCGUGUGAGCAGCAGUGCACUGAUAACUUCGGCAGGGUGGUCUGUACCUGUUACCCUGGAUAUCGCUUUGAUCGCCAGAGACAUAGGAACCACCAACCCUAUUGCUUAGACAUAGAUGAGUGUGAGGAGUCCAACAACACGGUGUGUGAGCAUGUGUGUGAGAACACUCCGGGCAGCUUCCACUGCCGCUGCCUCAGUGGCUACGUACUGGCCCCAGAUCAGCACUCCUGCCUGCUCACACACAACUUGAGUGCUCCAGGUAAGCUGGACCCCCUGAUGAGUUCGGGCUCCUGCUCUGUGACCUGUCAGGACAUCAUCAGCAUGCGGAACAGCCUGCAGCAGCUCAAACUGCGCCUGGCAACACACACACCGCCACAGGCACUGUCUCCUGGCCUGGCUAACAGCAGUGAUAAGCCCACUGUUGGUCGUGUGGGUAAAGGGCAGGACGUCCACACCUCCACUGGCCUACCUGGAACUCCUGGAGCGCCUGGCCUCCCAGGACACCCAGGAGAGCCAGGGGAGAAAGGGGAGCCGGGGGCCAGGGGCCCUCAAGGUCCACCGGGGCCCAGAGGAGACAUGGGGCCCAUGGGCCCAGAGCCUGACCUGGAGCAUAUCAAGAGGGGCCGGAGAGGGGCUGUGGGACCCCCAGGAGCGCCAGGGAAAAAUGGACUAAAGGGUGACCGUGGCCCACCCGGAACAAGAGGACCACCAGGUCCGCCAGGUUCCUUCGACUUCCUGCUCCUGAUGAUGGCCGACAUUCGCAACGACAUCAUCGAGCUGCAGGAGCACGUCUUCGGGAAGAGGCGGGACCUCUCGCUGGACGCCCCGCCCCACUCCAGCGGAGAGGCGGGGCUAGGAGACUGGGGCUCAGGACAGGGGGAGCUUAUAUUCAACACUUGACCACCGGCCAUUGAUGUAUCGUGCACUUAUUGGACAGCCACCCUGUUACUCAAACACAGGUCUUCAUUGACAAGGGGAGCUUAUAUUCAACGCCUGACGACCAGACACUGAUAUAAAGCACUCUUAUUGGACAGCCACCCUUUCAUUCAAACACAGGUCUUCAUUGACAAGGGGAGCUUAUAUUCAACACCUGACGACACUGAUAUACAGCAAUCUUAUUGGACAGCAACCCUGUCACGCAAAAAAGUCGAAGACAGGGAGUGACUAAGUGGAAGCCUGUGCCGCUGCUGCGAUGCUUUGCAAAAUCUCACCACCAAUGGUUUCAGUGCCUUCAGCCUGUGGCCUUGUAAUAGACUCCAAAUGGAUUGACAACGAGAGAUGGAGAUAUAGAAAAAGAAGAAGAAGAAGAGAGAGAGAGUGAAAUGAUUGCAGGCCCGAAAGACAUUUACCGUACGAAGGAGAUGUGUAUGAUGCUGCUGCUACCCUUUGCUGCCACUGUUGCUGCCCUCGUGUUUUGAGCCUUACGUGUGUGUGUGUGUGUGUGUGUGUGUGUGUGUGU